AUGGGAAUUACUCUCUCUAAAUCUCGAGGAAACAAAGGUUUCGAUUCCAAUUCUCAAUAUAUUUUCUCAAUUACCGGUAAAGCUAAAAAAUAUGACCGUGAGCAAGAAAUUGUUGCGUUACGACAUAAUAUUUUGAGGGAAAUCUUUAAAGCAAAUUUCUUAUCUCCUAUUAAGAAUGAGUUAAAAUCUGGUGGAAUGAGAGUGUUAGAUGUCGGCUGUGGUUUUGGAAUAUGGCUUUUUGAAAUGUCUUCCGACUUUCCAAAUAACUAUUAUGUUGGGGUGGACUUAACGCCCCAACUUUUUACUAAGAAUAAACCUAGCAAUGUGGAGUUUGUUACGGCAAAUAUUUAUGACGGUCUUCCAUUUUGUGACGGUUCAUUCGACUUCGUCUUCCUCCGAAAUAUGGUUUAUGACUUACAGGAAAACAAAUGGCCUGUUUUAAUUAGUGAAUGUGCUCGAGUUGUAAAACCUGGAGGUUAUUUUGAGAUAACUGAAGCGGCACUAGAUUUAAUUAGUAGCGGUCCUUUAUUGAAUCAAGUGGUAACAAAAUUUUUUAAUUACCUUAACACAAAAAAUGUAAAUCCGGCUAUCGUUAAUAGAAUGGAAGAAUUUAUGAAAGAUACCAAUAAGUUUAAAAGUAUUAAUCAUGAUGAAAAACCAUUUGUUCUUGGAUCCUGGAGUAAUCAUCUGAAUUACGCGUUUGAAUCAUAUACUGACUAUGCAUUUCGCUCAGUUUUAAAAUUUUCUGUAAAAAAAGAAGAUUUUGAUGAAAUGUUAAGAAAACUUCUUAAAGAAGCUAAUGCAUAUAGAACUCGUACAACUAUGCAUAAAUUUGUUUCACAAAAGAUUGAAGCCUGA